AUGGCAAGUGUGGCUGUAGCAGACAGUUCUACCACAGCGUGGACAUAUCUUUCCAGCAGGGGCUUUUGUGACGUGCUUCUGAACCUCCUCGCGGAACUAGCGUGCAAGGCCACCGGCAAGACCACCAAUAUCACCAAGGCCGCCACCACUGGGGCUACCACCACCAAGGAUGUCACCAAAAGGGCUUCCACCGCUGCUUCCACUGUCACUGCCUCCACCAAAGAUAUUACCAAAAGGGCUUCCACCACUGCUACCACUGUCACUGCCUCCACCAAGGAUGUCACCAAAAGGGCUUCCACCGCUGCUUUCACUGUCACUGCCUCCACCAAAGAUAUUACCAAAAGGGCUUCCACCGCUGCUACCACUGUCACUGCCUCCACCAAGAAUAUUACCCAAAGGGUUUCCACCGCUGCUUCCACCGUCACUGCCUCCACCAAGAAGAUUGCCAAAAGGGCUUUCACUGCUGCUUCCACCGCUGCUAUCACUGGGGCUUCCACCACUGCUGUCACUGGGGAUUCCACCACUGGAGCUUCCACUGUCACUGCCACCAGUGCCAAAGAGAUUGCCAAAAGGACUUUCACCGCUGCUACCGCUGGGGCUUCCACCACUGGAGCUUCCAUCGCUGCUUCCACUGUCACUGCCUCCAGUACCAAAGAGAUUGCCAAAAGGGCUUUCACUGCUGCUUCCACCGCUGCUACCACUGGGGCUUCCACCACUGGAGCUUCCACCGCUGCUGUCACCGGGGCUUCCACCACUGGAGCUUCCACCGCUGCUGUCACUGGGAAUUCCACCACUGGAGCUUCCACCGCUGCUACCACUGGGACUUCCACCACUAGAGCUUCCACCGCUGCUACCGCUGGGGCUUCCACCACUAGAGCUUCCACCACUGCUAGCUUCCACCGCUGCUACCGCUGGGGCUUCCACCACUAG